AUGGAUUCACUCGGGACAAUCAACGGGCCGAAGCAGGGGAGAAUCCGAGCAAGUGAAGGGGCACCGAAACUGUUUUCGGUACUGUGCUUCUGCCUGAGUGACUUCAUGAGCCCUGACAACAGAGACCGCACGCGAGACCUCAUAGCAGCCGCCGGAGGGCGGGUGCUGGAGAAGCGCGACCUGCGCCUGCUACUGGAAAAUCCUGACCGCUCUUCGUCUUCGGUGAAGCCGAGGCCCUGCUACUUCGUGUACGACGUCGACCCGCCCGGAGAGUUCCGCUCGGGCUCGCUGCAGGAGGAGAUGGAGGAGGUCAGAGAGCAGGCGGCGGCUGGUGCGCAGGUGAUCUGCCACCUCACGGUGUUGGAUGCCGUCGCGGCGUAUGACGCGGAGAUCCUCCUGACCGUGAAGAAGGACCGCUUCGUCACGUCGUAA